AUGACCGCAUACUGGACCUUGGUAAUCUUGACUCAACAACCAUUUACAACACAGAAUCGCUUCGGCAUAAACUUGCACUCAAAGGUCAAGCAUGAAGCAAUGGACAAAUGUAUCGAAGCUGCGUUUAACAUCCGUGCACUUGCCGAAGCAUACCAAAGGGCAUUCACACUUCGACGUGCCCAAUUUGGCAUCCCAUAUGCUAUGCAUAGUGCCGUGCUUAUUUUACUUCAAUCUGAUAGUCAAGGCCGCGAUGAUUAUACUGAGGCGUGUCGUUUCUUCUGGUCUGCUCUGUUGAAGUAUCAGAAAGGAUGUGGAUCCGGGCUGAAAAAGCCAUUGGCGUUACUGAAAAGCCUCAUGCUUCGUGUUGCGAAACUAGCACCCUGCAUCACAGUUAAUACCUCCGAUGCAGUUUCCUGGUCGUCUCUUCAUGCUGCCAACAUCGGUACUGACCUCGUGCCGGGAACCAUCACACUCGGGGAAGACGGCGUGGAGGAUGUAUGUCAAUUUAAUGUCCAUGAUGGGGCCAAACAUACGUUUCUCGAUGAUGAUACUAUAUUUGGUUUCUUCACCGACGGAGCAGCUCUUUCCUAG